AUGAGGAUCGUUCUGUUAACCAAAAUUACUUCCACAGUUUCAAUGAAUACUUAUAAAACUAGUUUUAACAGACGAUUUUCUUCAUUUCAAAAUAAAUUUAUUAAAAACAAAGAAAUAAUUUACCGAAAUAACGUGGAUAUAGUUUGUAAAAGUCAUAUAUUCUUUUGCACUGUUUUAAACGUGGACGGGUAUAAGCACUUUUUGCCCUACGUUACUGAUAGCAAAAUAACAGAAAAAGCACAGAGACAUUUUAAGGCCAUCCUACAAAUAGAAAACAUUCUUUUUAAGGAAAAAUAUAAUUCCAUAAUAAAAUUUAAUUACCCAACCACUAUCACAGUUUCCAGUGAAGAUUCAAAACUAUUUAACCAUUUGAUAACACGGUGGAUAAUUAAGGAGAAACAAAACUGCAUAAACGUUGAUUUUUACAUAAACUUUAGGCUUAAAAAUAUAAUAUACCAAAAUUUUAUGAACUUGUACAUAAAAGAGCUAGGCAAAAAAAUUCUGUAUGCAUUCAUAAAGGAGUCACAAGGAAAUAACUUAAAAAACAUGGAUGAUUUCUUCCCCAACUUGAUAAAAAAAUAA